AUGGCGGCCAAGGGACCGGAGUGUUCAAUCUGUUUUGAACAUUACAAUGACCAAAGCAAAUGUCCUAGGAUGCUGAGUUGUGGACACAGCUUUUGCCAGAUUUGCCUGGAGAGACUACUGCAUGGUAACACCAUUGAUUGUCCCAAAUGCAGAAAUCCAGUUGCCGUUCCUUCUGGGGUCCAUGGUCUGUCAAAGAAUUUUGCAUUACUGGACAUCGUGAACGAAACGGCACCCAAACAAGAUGCUGGAAAUACAGGUCAUACAGGCACGAACGAAUGUGAAGCUUGUGAUGAGAAACACCCAGCAACGUUUUUUUGCUUGGACUGCAAAGAAAACAUGUGCAAGACUGCAGCUCAGAUUCAUAAACGCAGCAAAUUAAGUCGUGACCACCGCGUUGUUACCUUCAAGGAACUGAAAGAAAACCCUCAGCUGGCUUCUGUAUCGAUUCUCUGUCCGGAGCAUAACGAUCAAUUCCGAUUUUUCGACGAAAAUUGUGGUCAUGUUAUUUGUAGAGACUGUUAUGCCCUUAAUCAUAACGGGCACAAGUGUGUAGUAGUAGCUGAAGCCGCUUCAAAAUACCGACAGGAGAUGGAGGCGCUUGUCACCAAAGCCAGCUGUCAAGUCGAAAAGAUUAAAGCUGCUAAAGAUCAAGUGGAGAAAGAAUUUGAUUUUAUAGAGAAGGCUUGCAGAGAAAGGCGUGUUGAAAUUGAACGCUUUUUUAGAGAAGUAAGGCAUAUAUUUCUUAUUAGGGAGAAAGAGCAAAACAGUAUUCCUAACUUACGUACUAGUUUCAAUCAGCAGUCAUUUUAUCUACGGAAUAACGGUUCAUGCUGGCAGUUGAAUAAAGAAACAAAAUGGUCAAAAAUUUUGACAUUUAAUGUCCUCAGCGUGGAAUGCAGAAACCAGUGAUAAUUAAAUGCUUAUCGCGGAUCAUGAACUAGGAUCGUUGGACUAGAUAUUUAAGGGUAGGCCUACCGGAACAUUAUUCAAUUGAGCUGAUUCACUGAACACACCUCGGGAUGCACCUAUCCAUUUUUUUUAUCUAUGACAUCUGGAUUGUUUGUUUGGAAUAAAUCCGCGGGUAUAACAGUGUGUGUUUUCUUUUUUUAUAUUUAUUAGCUUCGUUCCGCGUUAUCUAACCGAGAGGAUGCUCUGGUGAAUAAAUUACUCUGCCUUCGUCUACAAAAGGAAGAUAUCCUCUCCGAGCAGCUAUGCCGUUUAACAACCAGCCAAGCAUGUUUAGAGGAUGCACUCCAACGAGCAAAGUCUUCCAUCCAAUCUCCGAGCGAUGUUCAUUUCCUUCUCAGCAGGUCCGAUAUAGUGUCCAGUCUUAAGACGAAGGAAAGCUAUUCAAUGGUGCUUGAGCCAGAGGCCCAGUUUUUGCCGGAGUUCACCAUGGAAGAAAAGGGCAGAAAGGUGAUUUUAGUUAUCCAUGAAUUAGCCUGGGACCAGGCAAAUGGUUUUCUUCGGGCGCCAUUCGAUUCUUUUCUCCGGGAUGAAUAGUGUAGCAGAUAUUCUCCACAUAGCAGUUGUCAACUACCCUGGUCCCAGACGUUUCUCUUGAAAAUUUUCUCCGCGUAAGAGAGAACUGGAGCUGCGCAAAGCGGCGAUCUGGUACCAGGGUAGUUGGUAUUCGUCGAGUAGUAUUUAUUCAUUUCCGUGUGAAAUUUUUCGCCAUUGCCUCCAGCUCUACCAAAAGAGCCUAAGCUGAGCUAACACAACCUCUUUCCCAAGGCUUCACGAUUGUCUACCUUUUUCUGCAGUUAUCCCGCUCAAUUGAUGCCUUUUGGUGGGGGGGGGGGGGGGGGGAAGGGGGGGGGGGGGGGGGGGGAGAUAUCGCAAACGUCAUCCAAAUUUGGUCAACGCUAACUAGUUCUGAAGAAUUUGUCGAGGAUUUGAGCCAAUUAUUAAUUUCUUUGUACAAUAUAGAUACGACAUUCGUUGCCUUUAUAGACCUAUGUGGUAAACUGGGACUCAGUGUGACAUCAGUAUCACGUGUUUUCGUUUUGGGAAAAUCCCAACCCCCACGAGCUUUUCUCUUGCUCGAAGAUUCUGAGUUUUUUCUGAUGUUGUCUCUGCUUGUUAUUCUGAGAAGCUGCAUUGCUAGUCUGAAGGUUUUGAAUUAUGAUCUUGAAGAUCACCUGGAGAAAGUCUACGAUUGUGUCCUUUUUGUGCAGACUAUGCCAAUGGUGUGGGCCAGCUUUGCGCAGAGUCGUUGCCCACGAUCGAUUAGAGUACAGACACACCAAAAUGCAUUUCUCAGUUCACAAAUAUAUUUUUCUCUACGAACUCAUCCAUUAGUUGCUUAAAAUUUGGUUGUCGCAAAGAUAAUUUUAUUUUAUAAAACUGCUAAGAAACAAUAUCAAGUACUACGCGUGCCAAGUAAAUCCUUUUUCAGUAAAUGAGCUUUUGAAAAUUGAAUUUGUAAAGAAUGUAAAAUGCAACGAUCUCUUUCAGCCUAUCAAGUACCGUCCCAACAAGUUUGUACAGGUGGUUAUCCAGAGCGCAGGAGACAUCAGUGACAUAUCAACCUGUGCAGCAAACACAAAUGCAACUGGCCCAGGAAUAACAACUGCAAACCCUGGAAGCAAGGCGACAUUUACUAUUACUUCUCGCGACAGCCAAAACUUUCAACGCAAGCGUGGUGGCGACGUUUUUGUGGUGAAACUGCAACCAGAGAAGGGAAGAGAUGAAAUAAAGGUAGAGUUAAAGGACCGAAAGGAUGGAACUUACUUGGCAGAAUAUACUGUCGACGAGAUGUAUGGUAAAUUGACAUUGUCCGUGUGCUUGCGAGGUGCACACAUUAAAGGCAGCCCUUUUGUUGUAAAUGUUGAACCUCUUAUUCGUUCGAAUUAUCAGUAUAAUUCACCUCAACUGUCUUGGACUACGCUGCCUUAA